AACAAAUUCUUAUCAAAAGAAAAAUGGCUUUCAAAAUCAAUUCUUUCCUUCUUAUGGCUCUUUCAAUAGUAGUCAUUGCUUCCAUCUUUUGCCAUGUUUCUGCCGCAAAUGCCGGUCGAAAGUUACUGGAUUCAUCCGAUCUUGUAUCGAAUACUCCAGCUCCUUCCUCGUUACUUGGUAAUUGGCAGCCAAUAACAGAUGCAAAGGACCCUAAAGUGGUAUUAAUUGGUGAAUUUGCAGUAAAUACAUACAACGAAAUAUCAAAUAGUUUUCCUUUGACAUUUGAGAGUGUGUUAGGUGGGCAAUUUCAAGUUGUUAAUGGCAUUACCUAUAAACUGGUUAUAUCUGCAAGACAAAAUGUCACAGUCACAACUACUAGCUAUUUGGCUGUUGUCAACGAUCAUUCCGGUGACAAUGUUAAAACACUCAUUUCCUUCGGAAAGUUUGCUUAAAUUAAAUGUAUAAGCAUUUACAUCGUAUUAUUUAAUAAAAGCAUAUGUAUGAAUUAAAAUCUCAAA